AAAACGUGCCGCUCAAAGUAACCGGAAGUAGAUGGCGGGUCAAAGGUUGUGCACAUUGUUUCACCGCUUCACGAUGUUAUGAAUGAAUGAAUGAAGUUUUAACCAAACAAGGAAAAGGCGCAUAUUAUAACCACACGUAUUGCCACAUAGCCGAGUGCUGGAACAUCUUGCUUGUGUACAAUACGGGAUACCAGCUUCAAAUAACGAGGGAAACAAAUGGCUGGAAUUCUUUUUGAGGAUAUAUUUGACGUGAAAGACAUCGAUCCAGAUGGCAAGAAGUUUGACAGAGUGUCUCGUCUACACUGUGAAAGUGAAUCUUUUAAGAUGGACCUCAUUUUAGAUGUAAACAUUCAAAUCUACCCUGUGGAUCUUGGUGACAAGUUCAGGUUGGUCAUUGCCAGCACGUUAUACGAAGACGGAACACCGGAUGAUGGGGAGUACAAUCCUCAGGACGACAGACCGUCAAGGGCAGACCAAUUUGACUAUGUGAUGUACGGGAAGGUUUACAAGAUUGAGGGCGAUGAGACGUCAACAGAAGCAGCAACGCGCCUCUCUGCCUACGUUUCUUACGGCGGCCUGCUCAUGAGGCUGCAAGGAGACGCCAACAACCUCCACGGCUUCGAGGUGGACUCCAGGGUGUACCUUCUCAUGAAGAAACUGGCCUUCUGAAGCCCAGUCCUGCCCCGCCACAGUCCACGUGAGAACCGUCAGACUCCUUCAUGGAGAUGCUAUCCGAGCUAUUCUGUUUUUAUUCGCCGCACUUCUCAUAAUGUGUAAAUAAAUAUACUGUAUACAGUCUUUCUUUUUUAGGCCUUAUUUGGAUACUUGACAUCUUCAUAGAGUUUGUAAGAGUACUUCAAAGUUUUUUUGGGAAAAAA